CUCAGUAACAGAGAUACCCCAGAGAGAUGUCCCCGUCCUCUGUAUUCCCAGGAUUGUACAGAGGAGAAUCACAGGACCCCACAGGAGGAUCAGAUAGAACGUCUGUCUGAUAUUAAGGCAGAAGAUAUAGAGGGAGAAGAAGAGACGUAUGUGAGGGGUGAUCAGCAGUGUAAGGAGGAGGAGAUCCCUACAGAUAUCAGCACAGCAGAUGGACACACAAGCAGGAAUAUCUCAGAAGGACAUCUAAUGUUAUCCCUGGAUUGUGACAUAAAAGAUAAUGACAGUAGACCGGAUUCUUCAGGAGCUAACCCCAUUACCCCAAUUAUACAUCCAGCUCUAUCAGCUGAUCCCUCUGAUCCUGGGAAAUGUUCUCCUGAUCACUCUGAUAUUGGUGCAUCUGUUACAGCUCUGAGAGUAGAUACAGUGUUUCCCUGUUCUAUAGAUGCCAAAUGUUUUACACAGAACACAAAGCCUAAUAACCCACACACAGGUAAGGCAGGUGAGAGUCCACUGACAUGUUCUGAGUGUGGGAAAUGUUUUACAUACAAAUCACAACUUGUUAUACAUAACAGAAGUCACACAGGUGAGAAGUCAUUUUCUUGCUCUGAGUGUGGGAAAUGUUUUACACAGAAAUCAAGUCUUGUUAAUCAUCAUGGAAGUAACACAGGUGAGAAGCCAUUUCCAUGUUCUGAGUGUGGGAAAUGUUUUGCACUUAAAUCACAUCUUGUUAGACAUCAGAGAAGUCACACAGGUGAGAAGCCAUUUUCUUCUUCUGAGUGCGGGAAAUGUGUUACACAAAAAUCACAACUUGUUACCCAUCAGCAAAGUCACACAGGUGAGAAGGCAUUCCCAUGUUCUGAGUGUGGGAAAUGUUUUAUAAGUAAAUCACAUCUUGUUAUGCAUCACAGAAGUCACACAGGUGAGAAGCCAUUUCCAUGUUCUGAGUGUGGGAAAUGUUUUGUAAGUAAAUCACAACUUGUUACACAUCUGCGCAGUCACACAGGUGAGAAGCCUUUUCCAUGUUCUGAGUGUGGGAAAUGUUUUGUAAGUAAAUCACAACUUGUUACACAUCUGCGCAGUCACACAGGUGAGAAGCCUUUUCUAUGUUCUGAGUGUGGGAAAUGUUUUGUAUGGAAAUCAGAUCUUGUUACACAUCAGAGAAGUCACACAGGUGAGAAGCCAUUUUCUUGCUCUGAGUGUGGGAAAUGUUUUACACAGAAAUCACAACUUGUUACCCAUCAGCGAAGUCACACAGGUGAGAAGCCAUUUCCAUGUUCUGAGUGUGGGAAAUGUUUUGUAAGUAAAUCACAACUUGUUACACAUCUGCGCAGUCACACAGGUGAGAAGCCUUUUCCAUGUUCUGAGUGUGGAAAAUGUUUUGCAUGUAUAUCAGAUCUUGUUAUACAUCACAGAAGUCACACAGGUGAGAAGCCAUUUUCUUGCUCUGAGUGUGGGAAAUAUUUUACACGGAAAUCACAACUUGUUACCCAUCAGCAAAGUCACACAGGUGAGAAGGCAUUUCCAUGUUCUGAGUGUGGGAAAUGUUUUGCACACAAAUCACAUCUUGUUAGACAUCAGAGAAGUCACACAGGUGAGAAGCCAUUUUCUUGCUCUGAGUGUGGGAAAUGUUUUGCACACAAAUCAGUUCUUGUUAUACACCAGAGAAGUCACACAGGUGAGAAGCCAUUUUCUUGCUCGGAGUGUGGGAAAUGUUUUACAUACAAAUCACAACUUGUUACCCAUCAGCAAAGUCACACAGGUAAGAAGGCAUUUCCAUGUUCUGAGUGUGGGAAAUGUUUUGCACACAAAUCAGUUCUUGUUAGACAUCAGAGAAGUCACAUAGGUGAGAAGCCAUUUUCUUGCUCUGAGUGUGGGAAAUGUUUUACAUACAAAUCACAACUUGUUUCCCAUCAGCAAAGUCACACAGGUGAGAAGGCAUUUCCAUGUUCUGAGUGUGGGAAAUGUUUUACAUACAAAUCACAACUUGUUAUACAUCAGAGAAGUCACACAGGUGAGAAGCCAUUUUCUUGCUCUGAGUGUGGGAAAUGUUUUACAUACAAAUCACAACUUGUUUCCCAUCUGCAAAGUCACACAUGUGAGAAGGCAUUUCCAUGUUCUGAGUGUGGGAAAUGUUUUGCACACAAAUCAGUUCUUGUUAUACAUCAGAGAAGUCACACAGGUGAUAAGUCAUUUCUAUACUCUGAUACAUAAAUCAUCAGAAUCAGCUUUAUUGGCCAGGUGUACUCGCGUACACUAGGAAUUGUUUGUGGUACAAUGCAUCGCCAAGCAGCAACAUGAAAGGGGAAUACAUGGCAUAAGAAGGGGGAAAAACAUAGCAUACAUUACACACGUUACACAUGAGUUCAUACUGCACAUUGCAACUGUACAAUAGACUCAACAUAUUAUACAUGUAAGACUAAAGACGAAGGCUGCUUGGCAGAGCGGCACUGAGGCAGCCGUCUGCUGCGCCAACUAGAACUCAAACAAUGCACAUAAUUCAGAAGAUUUAAGUAUUACACAUCAAAAGAUAAACCAGACAGACAAAAAAAAAAAAGACACAGAAAGAAUAAUGCAGGAUUGGUGUAGGUAUUUUGAGUAAUAACUUCCAUGGGCUGUGUAUUCCACCCUCACAGGGUACCAGGUGCGGCAGCCAUCUUUGGCGCACUGCGUAGGAUUACCCUGGGUGGAGUAGUCCAUCCUUGAGGGGUAGGCCUGUAAGGUACUACUGAUGUUCUCUGCCAGAGGGUUAGUGGGCAUAGUCCUGGUGAUUUCAUUUUCGAGGUUUAAUGAGUCCACAUAAUGGUCUGGAUUUCUUUCUUGAUGUUGUUCAACUGUUUUUUUUAACUGUUAAUUUUCAAACGCUUUGAGUAUUGGAACGCACAGCUGUGCAUGGCUGAAGCUAUAGGUAUAUACACACAAUAGACAGCACUCAGAUUGCACACAAUAGACAUCAUUCAGGUGAGGAACCAUUUUAAUUAAUUUAUUUAUUAAGUUUCUUAUAUAGCGCAGCAUAUUCUGUUGUGCUUUACAAUUAGAACAGCAGUAAUAGAACAAAACUGGGUAAAAACAGACAGAGGUAGGAAGGCCUGCUCGCAAGCUUACAAUCUAUAGGGAAAUAGGCAUAGAUACACAAGGAUAGAUGCUACCUAUUGCAUAAUGGUCCACCAGAUUGCUAGGUUCUUAAUGGGUUGUAUGAUGAUACCCCACAAAGUUAUCCAAGUGUCAGGAGGGUGUGAGACUAAAGAAAUACAAGAUAUGUGAUGUUAUGAAUACUCUAUAGAGGAUGUAAUUAGAUAGGGAAGCACUGAAGGUUAUGUGGGUGGGUCUGGAAUUUGAUAGGCUUGUCUGAAGAGGUGAGUUUUCAGGGAACAUUUAAAGGUUUGGAGACUAGAGGCGAGUCUUACUGUGCGUGGGAGGGCAUUCCACAGAGUGGGUGAAGCCCGGAUAAAGUCCUGUAAUUUUGAGUGUGAACAAGUAAUGCGUGUGGAUGAGAGACGUAGAUCUUGUGCAGAGCGGAGAGGUCGGGUAGGGAGAUAUUUUGAGAUGAGUGAAGAGAUGUAUGUUGGUGCAGUUUGGUUAAUAGCCUUGUAUGUGAGUAAAAGUAUUUUAUAUUUAAUACGGUAGAAUACCGGUAACCAAUGGAGGGACUGACAGAGCGGAUCUGCAGACGAUGAACGUCUGGCAAGGAAGAUUAGCCUCGCAGCUACAUUCACAAUGGAUUGUAGUGGUGAGAGCCUAUGUUUGGGAAGACCGGUCAGGAGACUAUUACAAUAAUCAAUGCGGGAGAUAAUGAGAGCAUGGAUUAGAGUUUUUGCUGUGUCUUGUGUAAGAUAAGGGCGUAUUUUGGAUAUGUUUCUUAGAUGUAUGUAACAUGAUCUUGAGACAGAUUGAAUGUGGGUAACAAAGGACAGUUCAGAGUCAAGAAUGACACCUAGGCAGCGAGCUUGUGGGGUAGGGGUGAUUGCAGAGUUCUCAACAGUGAUAGAGAUAUCAGGUUGGAAACUACUAGUGGCCGGUGGAAAUAUAAUUAAUUCUGUUUUGGAAAUAUUAAGUUUGAGGUGGCGAGAUGUCAUCCAAGAUGAAAUGGCAGAAAGGUAUUCAGUGACACGGCCCAAUACAGAUGGUGACAAAUCAGGGGAGGAUAGGUAGAUUUGAGUAUCAUCCGCAUACAGAUGGUACUGAAAUCCGAAAGAGUUGAUAAGUUUGCCAAGAGAUGUGGUAUAGAUAGAGAAAAGCAGAGGACCUAGGACUGAGCCUUGCGGUACUCCAACUGAGAGAGGUAGCGAAGGAGAGGUGGAAUCAGAGAAACGAACACUGAAGGAGCGAUUAGAUAGGUAGGAUAAGAACCAAGAAAGGGCUGUGUCCUGACUACCGAGGGAUUGUAGUGUUUGUAUGAGAAGAGAGUGGUCAACAGUGUCAAAAGCAGCAGAGAUAUCAAGGAGAAUAAGUAGAGAGAAAUGUCCUUUAGAUUUAGCAGUGACCAAAUCAUUCACUACCUUAGUCAGUGCUGUCUCUGUGGAGUGUUGGGCACGAAAUCCUGACUGAAGUGGGUCCAGUAGGCUGUGUGAGUGAAGAAAGUGUGUGAGGCGAGUGUAGGCAAGUCUCUCCAGUAGCUUGGAGGGGCAUGGGAGCUGAGAGAUGGGACGGUAGUUAGAGAGAGAGUUCGGGUCAGAGUUUUGUUUUUUCAGAAUGGGAGUAAUCACUGCAUGCUUGUAUAGAGAAGGAAAGAUACCAGUAGACAGGGAGAGAUUACAGAUUUUCGUUAAGGUUGGGAUGAGCACAGUAGACAGAGCUUU